CUGCAUUUGAAUGAUAAUUGUAAUUUGUAUUUAAAUAUGAAAAAUAAUUAAUAGUAGUGAUAUUUAAAAUGAAAUAUUUUUAUACAUGAAUAAUUUUUAAAAUAUAAAAAUAAUGGCAAUGUGGUUAUGGUUCAUAAAUAAAAUAAUUAUUAUUUUUAAUUUUAUCAAAAAGUUAUUUAUUGUUAGUAAUAAAUUAACUGACUCGAAUGUAUUGUAUCGUAGUAGUAAUUAUUUAAUAAUUAACAAACCCUAUGACAUGGUGGUCAAUAGUAAUAAUAGUAAGGUUAAGAAAACGCUAGAAAAUGAACUAAAAAAAAUGUUUCCACAUUUAGCGAACCCAUUAUUAAAAAAUGGAUUUUAUUUUGUGCAUCGUCUUGACUAUCCAACAAGUGGAGUAAUUUGUAUAGCAUUAAAUAAAAAUUCAGCACGUGCUGCAUCAACGGCAUUUGAAAAAAGAAAAGUUAAAAAGUAUUAUCUAGCAUUAGUUCAUGGACAUAUCAAUGAAUCUCAUUUGAUAAUUAAUAAACCAAUAGGUCAAGAUACCAGAGAAAUUUUAGGUAAUAAAAAAAUGUGUACUAUUGAUGAUAACCAUUGUAUUAAACCCCGUGAUAGCUGUACAUUAUUACUGGUACUUGAAAGAGGAUUACGGGAUGGUAAACCAGCUACUAAAAUAUUAUUACGUCCUCAUACGGGCCGUCGACAUCAACUGAGAGUUCAUUGUUAUUAUAUCGGGCAUACUAUUAUUGGUGAUUACACUUAUAGUGACCGAAAGGAUUCAAAACCUCACAGGACAUUUUUACAUUCUUUUAGAUUGGCUUUGGAUAAUGAAAUUGAAAAAUUUGAUGUCCGGACAUCGGACCCUUUUAAUAGCAAUGACUACUGUAAUAAAUGGGCACCAACUAAUUUAAUAUGUACUUUAAAUAAUAAUACGUUUGAUAUUAUUGAUAAAUUAAUUUAAAUCACAGUAAAAAUUUUAAAUAUAACCGCAGAUUGCGGCUUUCAAAUGAAUUUUACAAAACUUCUCAUGUUGAGUCUUUUUGGACAUCAGUCACUGAGAAAAAAAAAAUUCAAGAAAUUAUUUUUCUUGUUUCUAUAAAUACUUAAAAUAAGUAAUUUUUUUUCUAAAAUGAAAUUGAUAGUUUUUAUUUUAAGAAAACUAUCUUUACUUCAGUAAUUAAUUUCUAGAAGUAUCGAGCGUCGAGUCUCGGGUGAUCGGUCGAGGUUCAAAUCUUAGGUACAGUAAAAUUAUUUAUUUAUAAAAAAAAUGUUUGUUAGGGUACAAAACUAAUCUGAACAUUAGAUAAAAAGGCGAAAUAUCUAAUAAUUAAGGCCAGGAUUUUAGCUUUGAUUUAAAAAUAAUUAUCGAAAUAAAAAAAAUUUUGAAUAUACCACGUUUUUAAAACGAACUAAAAAGUAUAAAAUAAUAUUUCUCAAUCUCAUGAAGAUUCAAAACGACAUACAAAUUCCGAACAUCUAACAGAUAGUUCUGAAAAUUUAUAAUUGUGAAUUUUUAAUAGUUAUGAAAAUACUUGUAAGAUUUAAAACAAAAAACGUGGGGCGCAUGCAAUAUAUAACUAUAAGAAGUGUAGAGAAGAGCUGUCAAUGGAAAACUUACAAAUCAGUUCAUAUUAUUUGCAAUGCAUUAAAAUUGUUAGUUAAACUAUUAAUGCAUCAAUUAUCUGUUGCAUGCGCCCCACGUUUUUCGUUUUAAAUCUUACAAGUAUUUUCAUAACUAUUAAAAAUUCACAAUUAUAAAUUUUCAGGACUAUCUGCAAGAAGUUCGGAAUUUGUAUGUGGUUUUAAAUCUUCAUGAGAUUGAGAAAUAUUAUUUUAUACUUUUUAGUUCGUUUUAAAAACGUGGUAUAUUCAAAAUUUUUUUUAUUUCGAUAAUUAUUUUCUGCUUUUUAGUAUUGUGUAAGUGAAAUUUUGAAAUCGAUUUUAAAGGCCUGAGUAAGAUAAUGACGGAGACAUGCGACAAAUUUCAGUUUCUUUUCACUUAAUCAAAUCUGAAAUAGAAAAUCGCUAUUUCUACCUACCAAUAUAUCAAACUCAUUUUUUAUAAGAUUUAUACUUCAAAAUAUUUAAACAAAUCAAAGCCAGAUUCUUUUUAGUUAAAAAUUUUGAAUAUAUGACUCUAUUCAUGGUGCUGGAGGUCCUAGUCAUCGCAUUUUUUCCAUCCCCUUCAUUGUAUUUUUAUUACACGGUGUUUGUUUAUCUGUCAUUCAGUUGUGAGCUAUAUUAAAAAAUAUAACUCAUCCAGAAAUUAGUUUUAAAUUAAUUAUAAAAAAUUCGUACUGAACAGACAAACAAACGACUAUCAAUUUUGUAUUCGAUUUUUUUUCAUUUGUUUCAAUUUUUUUUCAUUUUUUUCUUCCUCUUCUAGUACUUCUCUUUCUUAUUUUAAAAAAAUUUUUUUUCAUUUUUUUGCAUUGUCACCUAAUUUUGAGCUUUGUUCCAAAUUUCAAGCCUCUAGCUCAUCGAGAAGUAACUUUAAAAUCAAUUACAAAAUUCCACCCGAACAGACAUAGAUAGAAGCGAGUUAAUAAAAAUGUGGUAAUAAAUGGUGUGAAAUUUUUUAUAUUACGGCGGAAAUAUUGGUGGUAUAAAAAAAUUUUUUGAAUAAAAGUUAUUUAAAAUUUAAUUUUAUAAAAAAAAUCUCUUUUAUAAUUUUUUUUUAGGACUAAUACGAAAGCCGUAAUUUCAAAACUAAAAUUUUCAUGAUUAAAAAAAAUUUUAAUCAUUCAUUAUGAAUCUCAAUUUUACAAUUACGGUGGAAAUAUUCACCGUAUAAAAAAAUGUUUCAAACAAAAGAUGUAGAAAAUUUAAUUUUCUCGAAAAAAUGUCUCCUAUGAUUUUUUUAUACGGCCCAUAUUUUCACCGUAAUUUCAAAAUAAAGAUUUUCAUAAUUAACAAAAGUUUGAAUCAUUCAUUAUGAAUCCCAAUUUUGGAUUUACGCGGGAAAUAUUAGUCGUGUAAAAAAAUUAUAAGAGAUAUUUUUUCUAGAAAAUUAAAUUUCCUAAAACUUUUGUUUGAAAAGUUUUUUUGUAAAACCAAUAUUUUCGCCGUGAAAUUAACCGUUUGACAAAAUAAAUUUUUUUAUCAGUAUUAAGCAAGUAAAUAAAAUAUUUGAACAAAGUACAGUUGGACCUCGUUAUAACACUAUGCUGUCUUUUUCAUAACCAAGAUAUCGCGAUAGUUUGAGAGAGAAACUAAUAGUCUUAUAACGAGGUUCUACUGUAAUUAUUAUACUUGAUUGAAGAAAAUAAUUGCUUGGCACUAUGUAAGUAACUAAAAUACUUGAAUCAAUCAUUUUUUCUUGAAAAUAUACAUUUUUUUUCUCUCAGUGUACUUAGACCCAACAUUAUAUCAGUACAACUUUUUAUCAGCGGUCUUUUAUAAUUAUAGGUUGCAAUUUUUUGAAUUCGCUUCCACUUUAAAUUACGUGAUACAAUCAACACUUUUAAAUCAUAUAUGUGCGUGAAUGUCUGAAUGUUUAUAAUUCGUCUGAAAAAACUUUUAAUUUUUACUCAACAAUAAAUAUAUAUG